AUGUUUCGUCUCGUCCUCAUCGUCACCAUCAUCACCACCCUCAUCAGCGCUGCCUCCGCCGUAGUCUGCACCCAAGCCGAAACCUACUGCGGCUCGCGCCUUCUCAAAGUUGACUCCAACAACCGCAAGGCGAUUGAAGGCGCCCUGUCAUCAGGAAGACAGUCCAUUGACGACGCGCACAUCAAGCAGUCCAUCUUCUGGUGUGCCCCAUCAGGUGUCCCUGUCCCGGGCGACUCGGGCCUCCUCUUUAUCACCUACUGCGGUCCCGAGAACAUUUGCCAGGAAGCCGGGGCGCUCGGUGGCGUCGGCGAUGCUUGCGCGCCGUCUAUGGGCGGUGGACUCAGUCAU